GAAAACCUAAUACCUCAGGCCCCAACCCACCCUCCACCCACUCGUGUGCAAUAAUUUUACAUCAAACGCCCUGCACAGAUAGAUAGAGAGAGAGAGAGAGAUAGACCGACGGAAACCAAACCAUCCUGCAUCUCCUCCUGCCCCUCCACCCCAGAAAGGAAGCCCCGAUCGCUCUUUCGAUUCCAUUUCCACCAUGGCGAAGAAAGCGAAAUCCCGUACUAUCCCCGUACGACUCAUUUCCAUGGCCCUAACCGGCUACUACAAGACGCUGAUUCGACCGCGUGCGCAUCGUCCGCUUAGUAUGUUGAAGUAUGAUCCUGUUGUCCGCAAAAAGGUCCUCUUCCUUGAACAAAAGCGUGGCGGUGGUGGAAAAUAAACCAACCCAUCAACCAAAACAUCACACCACACCAAAAACGCCCUCACCUCACCUCAACACAGCUCAACACAAUCUAAAAAGACAGCGAACAAGAUUACAUAUACAUAUAAGAAACCCCAUAAAAACAAAACUAAAGAUACCAGAAAAGGCACGCAUGCAGUGAUAGAGAUACAUGUGCUUUUGUGAGGAAAGGAAGGAUUUGUGGUAAACUUAUACCAAAAAAGGGGAAUGGUUAUUUGAUAAUUUCUUUGGUAUUUGCUUUGGGAAUGCUUCGAGGGAAGGAAGAAGGACGAAAAUUCUACACAUAUUGCCUUCAUACUACACGAGAAGAUACCAUAGAUUUCGUUGAUAUGGCUGUGAGUGUGGAUACCAUUGCUCAAAAAAGGAGUGUACGAAUAGCUUGCAUGGAAUGGCGUAUGGGACAACAUCAUGAAUACAAUCACCAUUUUAUUAUUUCAAGUCACACA